AAAGCAGUCUAGGUAUAUUUUUUCUUCAAUUGCCAUUUUUAUCUACCUUUACCUUACAUUUCAUUUUUUUUUUCGGUGACAUGCUCGGUUAAAAACAUUUUCAUGAAAGUAAUAAUCAUAACAAUAAUGAUAAAGAAGUUUUCUCCAACAGGUUCACCAGUUAUUCCUCGUUCUUUUUUUCCAGAGUUGCCCAAUUCAACUCCAAAUGAGCCAAAAACCUCUUCAAACCAUAUUGGUAAUAGAACUAUCUGUUUUCUAUAUCUUUGUUAUUUUACUGAAUGUGAAACUUAUUUCUCCUCGGGAUGUUUUAAUUUAGUGGCGUUCAAUAGAUAAUGCAAAUACGGGCGACGUUGUCGCCUGAAAAGGAUUGGGAAUAAAUAUAAAAAUGGUCAUGUUUCAUAAUGGAACUGACAACAUCAAGAGGCAACUAUAGUAUUCAUAGCAAGGGCGUAUUCAUUACGAUAAAUAAACGAAAUAAUUUGUUACGAAAUCAAGCGGCUUCUUCCUUUCUUUUUUUUUUUUUUUUUUUUUUUUUUUUUUUUUCUAGAGUUGCCUAGUAAAACUCCACAUAAGGCAGAUACCUCCAGGAAAAUGAACGGUAAUACAGAUUCUCUGUCAAUAAAUAUUUAAGCAAAUAUUUUAAAUUGCAUGUAGCCUCCCUUUUCCGCAUAAAAAAAAUCGAUCAAUUUUCAUUUCCCCCCAAGAAGUCGUAAUGACCUCCAUAAAACAUUUACAGGCUGCCUGUGGUAAAAAUAACCGCAUUUAUCGUGUCACUUGUAUCAUAACAUUUUUGUCGCUCCUUUUGUUAAAGAAUGAAUUGAAAGCAUGCAGCAAUUAACAACCAGCAGAUUACGAACUCCAGAUUUCUAUUGCUUGAUAGUUGACGAGAAAUAAAGACCCAACUAAGCUGCCGGCUUGUUUGACACUUUGUUUACUCAAUCAGUCGAAUUAUGCAUCACCAAUGUAUUAUUUUCCUUUCAUCUAGAAACUCCAAGUCCAAAUUUCUAUUUGAGCAACCGGUUAUAUUUCACCCUUCCAGUUUGAAGUCCUUUGCUGCUUAUUCUUUUUAGAGUCUUCCAGUUCGCUUGAAACCCUGCCAAAAACUGGCCACGAAGCCAACUGGUAAUACCAUCAAAGUUCUCUUGAACCCACUGAAAAAUAAUGAACUCUCAAUCCCACUUUUGUGUCUUCUAUCUUUUUAUUUGUCAAUCUAUUUCUUCCUUUGUUUCUUUUACUUUAUUUUCUCUCAUUGACUUUUUUUUUGUCCAGUGUUACCACCAACGGUAUCAAGUACUGCUGCUUCGCCUACCAUAGUCGUUGGUAAAUUAAAAACAUGUAUUACAUUUUUUGUCAAUGUUGCUCAUAAAAAUUGAAUUUAGGAUAAUGGGUCUGCAUGUGGGUCUCCCAAUAGUCAAGCCUCCUCUUAUGCGUAGAAAAUUAAUCCUAAAAUGGACAUUUUCGGUCCUUUUUUUGUUAAAAAAGAAAGAAAUGCAGGACCCUCUUGCAGUACCAUACAUUGGGAGGAUGGGUUUUGAGAAAUUUGAGUUGGUCACGAUAAAAUUUACCUGAUCACCCCUGAAGGCUCUGCUAUAGUCUUAAGACCCUUCCCCCCCCGCCCAAUAGCAAUUGAUUGGCAGUUAAUUGACUUAUCCUCACUCCGCUUCCCUGAAAAACAUGUAGUUCCCCCAAAAAUGAUCCCACACCCCCACUUACCCCCCACCUCCUCCCUGGCGAUAAAUGUUUCCUGACCUGACAACUUUCCUUUGAAGAUAUUAACCGGUGCACUAAUGACAGCAAAGUAUGUGGUGUGAAUGCGACGUGCAUAAAGACUGAUUACUCUUAUGGCUGCACCUGCAAAGAAGGAGUCACAAGAGCUGGAGGGUUUUGUUCAGGUAAAUUGAUUCUAGAGCAUCAAAAAUGUUCUUUAAAUUCCACCAAAUGGUUACUUACUUCUUUGAAAAACUAGAAGAUAAUGGAUUAGAAUAAGAAGUACGAGGGACUUAAAGUAAAAUCAAUUUUUGACCCAAACAUAGAGAAUUUGAAGGGAAAAAAUUCUUGAUUUCGCUAUAUUUGGCAAAUGGCGAAGAUGCUUGCUGCUAAGUGGGUAGAAAUGCUUUUUAAGUUCUCUUUUGUCUUAGAAUUAAUUUGCUUAUCUUACAUUUUCUAAAUUAUUGUCAGAUGACAAAAUAUUACUAGAUCUGCGUCAGAUCAUAUUCAUAUUAAUAGAACGAUUUUAACUGUUUAUAGAAGACACUAGUCUGACGAAAUAUCACUACAUUUACGUCUCUACAAAACAUCUCCACGCAACGAACAAAAAAAAACACCUACAAUUAGACAAAAUAAAAACGUUAUCUACCAAGAUCGAUUCUUAAAGAGAAAAGCUGUGCCCUCUGGUGCUCGAGGCUUGGGAUAUAGUUCUAUCUAGGACGACCUUCCCCCUGACAAGUGACAUACAUUCAACUGUGAAUAUAAACCAGAUAUUCAAUGCUUAAACAGAUGACGAAUGUCGCACCAUUAUUUUCCAAACACCAAUACACAACAAAGUCAUAGAGGGCAACGUCAUCAGAACCGAAGAGGUUUCACAUCAGGGGAGCUGUAAUGAAAUGUGUUAUAUGGAACCUAGCUGUGUGUCCAUGAACUUUGGACCCAAGGUGGGAGGAAACUUCACCUGCGAAUUGAAUCAGGAUCAUUCUUCGGAGGGAGACCAAAGCCCGCCUGUUCCACAAAGUAAAAAUGGUCACAUUUAUCUCGCUAUUGAGGUAAGAUGGGCGAUUUCUUAGUCAGCUGUUUCCUUCUUUUAAAGUGAGUAAGUUUCUCAAUAAACUGUGGUGCUGUGUCGGUGGAGGAGGAGGCCUGGUAAUACAAGAUAAAUUUCCCUCUAGGGCUGACGGUUGUAGCGUAAGUACAUCGUGAGGGCAAAGGGCAAAAAAUUCACACAUUUGCAAUGCUUUUACGAAAGACUAACGCUCCAAACAUCAGCAUUAACAACAAAUUAUCCAGUAAUUCCCAUCUGAAAUUACUCGCGCAAGGGAUUAGGAGAAAAGGAUUAUAACGGUUUUCUAUCGGGUACGAUGAUUGGAAGACAUAUGCUUGGUAUUGGUAUGAUUUGACUCUUUAAGAAUCUCGAAAGUCUAAGGAUGAUAACAAAAUAAGGGAUAAUCCAUUUUGUCUUUAAACAGAAUCCCUGCAGCAGCAAUCCAUGUUCAAACAAUGGCACGUGUCAAGCUGGAUACACUGAUAAAGGGUUUCGCUGCAAAUGUCCUUCAGGGUUCACUGGAGCACACUGCAAUAAAGGUAGAUACAGAACUGUAAAGGGGAAUUUAUGAUAUCGAAUGAUAGUCGUAGAAUAUUCUGAGGGAUAAAAAUUUCCUCUUUUUCUUUCUCACCAGCUUGCAGCUUUGACUUUGAAGAUGGAAUCGGUGGAUGGGAAAUGACAGGCACAGCUUUCAUUCACCAACCGACAUUUGGUGACAAUCCAGCAGCACGCUACAGAGAAAGCGCCCAGCAUCAAGGGGACUGGUGGAUAGGGGGGUUGGAGUAUCGACCCAGUGAGAGCGAUCCCGCAGGAUGGCAGAACCCAGCUGGUGGUGAUCCUCCCCAGGGAACUCUAAUUUCUCCUUGUUUCCGUAACGUUGGCAGAAAUAUAUCGUUUCUCAUCGGUGGAGGAUGUAACAAAAGUGAUAUCCGUGCGGAGCUUAUUGUCGACAACCAGGUGAGAUUAUCACUUUGACAAUUAUGUUUCCUUUGAUUCUUUUGAAACAACCUGGGUAGAUUUUUUAAAUAAUCAGAGAUUUGGCCUUUCAAAAUUGCGAAACUAUUUUGAGCUUCGCGAUAUCCAUGAGAUUUGUUUAGGUUUGCAAGAAACUAUUUACAAGGAAAAAAUAUAUGUAAAAAAAAUGAAAAGCCAAACGUUUUCGACAUUAGAUCAUCAUCAGGAUAAAUGAUGGUUUCCCUGAAAAUAGCUCAUUCUGAGUUUUCUCAAGAGAGGUUCCACGAGGGAAUGUGGCAUCGAUGUGCAAUCAGCACAUUCAAUACGGUAAUGUCUUGAUUUCAUUGAUGUCUUGAUUCUAAUAAUAGGUUGCUCUUAAUUUGAAUAAAUGUAUGAUACGGUCAUGACAGUUAUAUCAGCAUUCAUCGAAACAAAGGUUUAAAACUGUUUGCUAUGUUUGUGGUUACAUGCAGGUUGUCAGAACUGAGACAGGCAACUGUUACGAGACAAUGUACCGUAAGAGCUGGGAUGUAGAAGAAUUCAUCGGACAAUACGCGCAAGUCAGACUAGUUGAUAAGGGAUCUGGUGGUUGGGGUCACAUUAAUUUUGAUGACCUUAAAGGAGAUAUCAUUUGUCCUCACCAUUUAGGGGAAAACAACGGAAGGGAAAGUAAGGGCACAAAGGAUAAGCGUUUUUCAGGUUUUUGCAGAUAGUCACCUUGUGACUAUACAGUAAGGUUUAACAGCUUUUGAUGUUGCAUGCUUCUUUUGAGGAGCACUUGCUUUGUGUUAGCAUCGAUAGGCACACUCACUCUGUUUAUAGCAACAGUAGAAAAGUAUUAUAAAACAAUUUUAUGCGUGUUGCAAACAAUGUUACACAUAUCAUCCACUUAUUAUAUUGUAUUACCGCGACAUUUUUAAAAAAUGAAAGUCUUUUGCUGUAGAUGCUAGCAAUCAUAUCUUAGAAUGCUUCUUUUUUGUUGUUGAAAUAUCUGUUGAAGCUAUGAAUACUCAAUACUAGCUGUAAAAACUCCCGGUAGAUUUUGUUCAGGAUUAUAGAUUGAAGUCAUUCGAGUAAGCUUCCAAAGGCGGUUUUUCAAAAUUGCCAAACUUAUACUACCUUUUUUAAGUGCAAUCCAUUGCAAUCAGCACACGCACCAUAUAAGAACUGAUUGCGACACACAAAAUUCCUUUAUGCUACCUACGUCAGUGUCGAUGGAAACAAGGGUAUAAAAUUUUUUGUGCUUGUCAUUACGUUAAGGUUGUCAGAAAUGAGACAGGUAACUGUUCGGAGACUAUGUACCGUUAGAGCUGGAACGUAGAAGAGUUCAUUGGUCGACACGUCCAAUUCACACUAAUUAUGUUAAUGUAGCAUGUAUUGGGUAGCAUUUUGCAUUAAUAAAACGAGGUUCUUCAUUUGUUCUUAGUCUUGGAAACCUCGCAAGAUCUUGUAUCGGACCAUUUUGAUUUUUUGCAUUUUGUUACUUUUACCUUCCUCUCUGUUGCACUCAGAAUUGUAAACACUAGAAUUUUAAAUGUUUCGAUGGGACGAGAGCCUACUUCCUGUUAGUAAUAUCUUACGAAACGUGAUUUUAGCUCAUACUGGCGGGAGUCAAAAAACCUGACACAAGUGUUACAAAGAAGCACAAUUCUGAAAUAAAGAGAAAAAAAAUUGUUUGGUCUACAGAGUUGGAAACAAACUGUCAUUUGGGGAAUGAAGUUAAUUCGAUGAAAACGUCUCCAAAAGUUUACAUAAUCAAGAGAACUUUAUUACAUUUUCUUGUUUGCCUCCUUGGCAGCGUUCAUAUUUGGGUCUUGUAGUUCUUAAUAUUCGGUAAGUUAUACCGUAGCAUAUUGUAAGAACUGAUCACUUAUCCCCUGAAAAGCUAUCAGUACUUCAUCAUUUAUUAGCCUUCCAAAUUUUCACAAAUGAAAAGAUAUUUAAUUUUAUCUUUUUAGCGCAAGUAUCAUUUUAGAAUGUGUACAUCACAGUUUGGUCAAUCGAUUUUAACCAUGGAAAUACAACAUUGUAAUUUUCAUUUUAAAUCUUAGUGAGGAAUAUUUACUUGAAACGUGCAUGCACAGAGUGUGCUAUGAGUGAGGCAAUUAGAAUACAGAAACUUUAUUACUAAUAAAAAUACACUCCAAAACAUCGAAACUUAGGACUUGUAUUCUUCUGUUUCAUAAUUUCAUCCCUUUACAAUGAAAUCUUUCCAAACCUCACUCCAUUGAUAGCUUUGCUUCGGAAUUGGAAAAAAUACAAUAAAACGAUGGGUAAACCAAAUGAUGUCUUCGUGACCUAGACCAUGUAAAGACAUUCUUUAGCGUCCGUUUUUUUAUGUCGUCUUAAAAGAAGAAAGACCUGUCAGUACACUAUAUAUAAGAUCAAGUCGUUCUGUCAAGUGAGUUAUAAUAUACGUGAAAAAGUUACGCGCUUCUGAUUGGCUAAAGAGGAGUCCAAUUUUUUUUAUGUAAACAAGAGAAACGUUGUAAAACGUGUGCAAAUUACAAACAGAGCGCGCACCAUCCAAAUUUCGUCUGCUUGAUUUUUUUAAAUGCUUUUUUGAAGUGAAUUAUUAAAGAAAUAAAAAGCGCGCCAAGUGCAUUUUUGAGUUAUAUAAGCAGGCGGGAAUUUUUAACAACACGAGAAAAGUGCGGAGGAGCACGAGCCGAAGGCGAGAGCCUCUCGCACUUCUCGAGUGCUUAUAUAACUCAACAAUGCUUGAGGAGUUUUUUUUAUUUCUUUUAAAAGAAUGCCUCGUGAAUUGCGCGCGCUCGUACCGAUGACGUAGGCUGCGUGCAUAUUAGAGUGAUUUAACAAGAGGACGGGAACGUCAUUUCAGAACGGGAAAGCGCGCGGAUAGUCUGGACACGACUCUAUUUAGACAUCCGGUGUUGGCGUUUCCGUUCUCCUCAACAAGUCCAGGACGUCAUUACCCUGGUUUUCCCGUCGCGAUCAAAACGUUUGGGAUUUGCGUAAUUUUGCGCUUAUAAACGAGAUAAUGCUGUUUGAAAGAAAGGAUGGCAGCACCCAGCUGAUGCCGACCCACCCCAAGGAACUCUCAUUUCUCCUUGUUUCCAUAUAGUUGGCAGAGAUAUCUCGUUUCUCAUCGGUGGAGGAUGUACCAUAAGUGAUAUUCGUGCGAACUUAUUGUUAAAAACCCGGUGAGAUUAUCACUUUGACCAUUAUGUUUCCUUUGAUUCUUUUGAAACAACCUGGGUAGAUUUAUAAACGUAUCAGAUAUUUGGUCUUUCAAAAUUGCGAAACUAUUUUAAGGUUCGUGAUAUCCAUGAGAUUCGUUUAGGUUUACAAUAAGCUAUUUAAAAGGAAAAAACAUAUUUAAAAAAAAAGCCAAAUGUUUUCGACUCUUGGUCAUCAUCAGAGUAAAUGAUUGUGACCCUAAAAACGAUCUAUAGCUAGUGCUGAAAACGUCUGGUUUUUACUUUUUAAAUAUAUUUUUGCCUUUUCGAUGGCUCAUUUUGAGUUUCCUCGAGAGAGGUUCCAAGAGGGAACCAACCUCGCGCCUGGCACAUUUUAGUUGUCUUUGGUUGUCUUUAGUUGAAACAAAUGUUUUUUUUUUUCUUUGGUGCAGAGCAAUCAGCACAUUUAAUGCCAUAAUAUAUUGUUUCAAUAAAAAAGCGUCUGCUCCUUAUUUGAAAUAAUCAUUAUAAAUAUGUCGGCAUUCAUCAAAACAAUGGUUUAAAACUGUUUGAUAAGUUUGCUGUUACAUAUAGGUUGUCAGAACAGAAACAGGCAGUUGUAGCGAGACAAUGUACCGUAAGAGCUGGAACGUAA